AAACCCCACCUUCUCCGCGCCGCGCCGCGCCGCGCAGGGCUCUUCUCCCAUUCCUGCCGCCCCCGGAAGCUUCCAGAAGCUGGCGACGGCGGAGACAUGGCGCCGCCGUUCAUCUACUGCCCCUCCGACGACAGCAGCAACGAUGAGAAGGCUGCCGUGAGGGCGGCCAUGGACGGCAACCUCGGCCUCCUCAAAGGUAUUGUGAAGAGUCUUCCCAAGGGAAAUGGCGACUUGUCUGCGAUUUUCUCUUUCAACACGGAUGGGGCUAAUGUGUUGCAUAUCGCGGCAUACAAUGCCCAUCUGAAGGUCUGCAAGUAUUUGGUGGAGGAGCUUGGGGGAGAUGUGAAUGCUCCUGCAUAUGGAGCUCUAGCUCUAGGCUCGACUCCGUUUAUGAUGUCUGCUCAGUCGGGUGAUUUUCCUACCUUGGAAUAUUUUCUUCAUCGUGGUGGUGAUCUAAUGAAAGCGGACGACAAAGGACGCACAGUUCUCCACCAUGCUGCGGGUUCAGGAAGUUGCAAGAUAACAGAGUUUCUUCUUUCAAAAGGGGUGCCAGUCGACUUGGACUGUGGCCGUGGAACCCCACUCUACAUGGCUGCUACAAAUGACCAAGAUAAGACACUGAAGAUUUUACUGGACCACCAUGCGAAUCCUAACAUCAUUAUUAGUGGUAUUGGAGCUCCCCUGCUGAGUGCUAUUAUUUACCGUUCAUUCAAGUGCGUGAAGCUACUCAUUAUGGCUGGUGCUGAUGUUAAUGGCAAGGGUUCCAUGGUUACUCCUCUAGUAUUUGCAACGAUGCAAGGAGGUUACACCAACUUUAUUCAGUUGCUACUGAUGGCUGGAGCAGAUCCUAAUAUUCCUGAUGAUAUGGGCAGGUUGCCAAUAGAGCAUGCUGCAUCACGUGGUUGCGUGGUAGAGGUUGAAAUGUUGCUUCCUGUGACAACCCCAAUUCCAAAUGCCCCAGACUGGAGUAUCGAGGGAGUAAUUUCGUUUGCAAAAAACGAAGAUAAAAAGCCAAUAGAGCAACGGCACAUUGAAAGAAGAAACGCUUUGUUCAAGUCACAGGCUGAUAUGGCAUUCAGGCAGAAGGAGUAUAAGAUGGCAUCACAGUUUCAUGAUUUGGCAAUAGAUAUUGGGGGGAGUGCAAUGCUGUAUGCAAACAGCAGUCUUUGUAAGCUGCUCAUGGGCGAUGGUGAUUGUGCUUUGUCAGAUGCGCUUGGGUGCAGAAUGCUACGACCUAAGUGGGCAGAAGCUUGCUUCCGUCAAGCUGCAGCUCACAUGGUACUCAAGGAAUAUAAACAAGCCUGUGAUGCUCUUGAAGAUGCACAAAAAAUGGAUCCUGGGAAUGCUGAGAUUGAGAUUGAAUUACGGAAAGCUAGGGAACUCAUGAAGAAUCCUCCUGGCGAUGGUGCCGAGCAGUGAGGCGCGGGCGUGCGCAUUAGACUGCAACAUGUUCCAGUUUUCACUGAAGUAGAACUAUUAGGAGCUUUUAAUCCUAGUGUUUUGAUAGGAACCAAAACUGUCAGGCCGGGCAGCAACAUGUUCCAGUUUUCACUGAAGUAGAACUAGUAGGAACCUCUAAUCCUAGUCUUUUGAUAGGAACCAGAACUCUCAGGCCGGGGUAUGCCCUUUUUCUAAAAAGGAACCGAAACUAAAAAUUCAAUCAUAUGCAGGCUGCUAGGACGACUAUGUAUGAAAGUCUUGUCCGGCAGUGGAUAAUUGUACUGGACGAGUAUGUUUGCA